UCCUCCCUCUCACUUCAUCUCCUCAUCCCUCUUUCUCCGCGACAACCCGCCCCCUCACCGCCAUUAAUCCGCCUAGCCAACCGCUGCAUACGCCACAGCCCAACAUGGGUUCGAAAACCAGACCGCAUUGGCAAUAUCUGAUCGUUUUUCACUUGUUACAAACGUGCAUAACUGUCUUAUCCGAUGCUAGCGACAUCGAGAAGCUCAUUACCUUCAAAUCAUCACUAAACAACCCCGAAGCACUCGCUAACUGGGAACCAAAUGUUGCACCAUGCAACCUGGACAAAGAGAUUUGGACAGGGAUCAUAUGUAGAAAAGAUGGGAGUGUGUCCGGGUUACGCCUCGAGAACAUGGGCUUAAACGGAUCCAUUGACAUGGACAUACUGUCCGAGUUGCCCAGUAUUCGAACCUUAAGUUUCGCGAACAACAGUUUUUCUGGCCCGAUUCCGGAUGUGAGUAAGAUUGGUUUGUUACGGGGGAUUUACUUGUCGAAUAAUAACUUUUCGGGGGUGAUUCGGGAUGAUAUUUUUGCGGGAAUGAGCGGGAUGAGGAGAGUGAAGCUCCAGAAUAAUAAGUUUACGGGUCGGAUUCCUGGAUCGCUUACAAAGUUGAGCAUUCUUGUUGAUUUGCAAAUGCAGGAUAAUGAGUUCCAAGGCGAGAUACCAGAUUUUGAGCAGAAAGGUUUGAAGGUGAAUUUUGCAAAUAACAGACUUUCGGGUCGGAUACCUUCUGGGCUCAGGAACCAGGAUCCGAGUUCAUUUGCAGGCAACAAUGUAUGCGGUCCUCCGGUAACCACCAAAUGCAAGAUCUCCAACAAGAAACACACUCGAAGAACGUUAAUCAUCGCCAUCAUUGGAGUUCUAGCGAUCAUAUUCCUCGUUUUACUCGUCCUUCACAAACGGAAAACACCCAAAAACGACUACAUAAAUCACCAAACAAUGAAGCUAAACCGGAAUAAUCCUUACAAAACGAGCAAAAAGGAACUCCAAAUGCAAAGUGACGAAGAAGAAAACCGCAAACGAACCCAAAACAGUGGGAAUAUUCAGUUUGUGAGGAGUGAUAGAGAGCGGUUUGAGUUACAAGAUUUGUUGCGCGCUUCGGCUGAGGUUUUGGGUGGUGGGAGUUUUGGAUCAACAUACAAGGCUGUGUUAUUGGGCGGUCAAGCGGUUGUUGUUAAGCGGUUUAGGGAGAUGAAUAAUGUGAGAAAAGAAGAGUUUUAUGUUCAUAUGACAAGGCUUGGAAGAUUCUCACACCCUAAUUUGCUUCCCCUUGUGGCGUUUCAUUACAAGAAAGAUGAGAAGCUUUUGAUCACAGAUUUUGCCGAAAAUGGGAGUUUAGCUAGCCACCUCCAUGUUAAACGAAAGCCGAAUGAGCCUGGAUUAGACUGGCCGACUCGACUCAAAAUAAUAAAAGGCGUAACGCAGGGUCUCGCCUAUCUCUACAAAGAGCUCCCCCACCUCUCAUUACCUCACGGUCACCUCAAAUCAUCAAACGUCCUCCUCGACAAGGCCUUUAACCCUCUCCUAGCGGAUUACGCGCUAAGCCCAGUCGUUAGCAAGCGCCAUGCACAAGAGUUCAUGGUUGCAUACAAGUCACCCGAGUUCACGUACCAUAACCAGACCACGAACAAGACCGAUGUAUGGUGCCUCGGCAUUCUCAUUCUCGAGAUCCUCACCGGUAAGUUUCCUGCGAACUAUCUUAAACAAGGGAAAGGUGGCAGCUCGGAUUUGGAGACGUGGGUGAACUCGGUGGUGCGAGAAGAGUGGACCGAUGAAGUGUUUGAUAAAGAUAUGAAAGUGAAGAAAAAUAGUGAGGGGGAGAUGUUGAAACUUUUGAAGAUCGGAAUGUAUUGUUGUGAGUGGAAUGUUGAUCGCCGGUGGGGUUUGACAAUGGCAGUGGCGAAGAUCAGGGAGUUAACGGAAAAGGGUGGCGAGGAUGAGUACUCGAGUUGUACAAGUGAUGGAGAUGCAUAUUCUUCGAAAGGGACGACUGAUGAUGAUUUCUCAUUUUCUAAAUCUGUUAUUGACUCUAAACCCUAAACCCUAAUUUCUAUUUCCUUUUGUGAUUUUUUUGUAAUUUAUGACAUCAAAUUAAUUAUGAUUGGUUUAUGUUGUCAUGUACACUGAGAGCAUUGAUAGAUGUUGUAAGUUGUAACUAUGACUCAUUAAUGAGUAUAUCUUCAUUUAUUUUAAAUAGUUAAAGUCAAUUUUAAGCAGAUAUUAUUAAAA